UGCCAACAAGAUAAGUGAUAUUGAUGACAUACUGACCAAUCACAGAAAGAAGCAGCCAUAUAUGGCUAAUAUGUGAUCGGAUAAUUGGUCACCUUAUGGUGUAUAUAUAUAUAUACACUCUCAGAUAGAAGUAAUAUAGUCAAAAACAUAUAUAGUUAAUGAUCCAUAACCAAAACUGGGUUUAAUCCUGUUUCAGUGUUGAAACGAAUCACCAACAACAUUGCUAUAGGUGAGCUCACUGACCAUUCACACAAACAAAAGCCAUAAGGCUAACAUGUGAUUGGCUAAUUAGCCACCAUAAAACAGAGUUUAUAAAAAAGGCAAAACUACUGAUUACUAUCACUAAUCCUAAAAAGGUUUGGAAUAAUACAUUACAUUAGCCAUAUCUCCAGCUAAUAGUAUCCAUCGCUACUUUCUUCUGAACUUUAAAAAAAGACUACAACUGAAGAAGAAGAGGCAAACUAGGGUUUCAGAUUAUGUUAAAUGGUCUCCCAACUAUUUAACCUGAAAUAUCGUAAUGGGCUAAUCGGCCCGAUAUGGGCCCGUAUUUUGGAAAAUUAAAUCCAUUAAAGCCUUUCUCUCUUCAGUUCAAAGCUCCGACAUAAAAAUGGCGACUUUGGUACGUCGGACAGCCUCGCGGCUUGUCGGAAGCUGCUUCAAAAAUAGCUUUCCCGUUAACCCAUCUCUUGACCAGUCUUGUUACGCUCUUGGCAGCUUGCGAUAUCUGACGCCGUCCAUUUCUCGUGAUAAUCCCUUCACUACAUCUGCCAGAAAGAGAGCUUCCUCAACUGAUUCACUUCUACGAGUGAUCGAAACCGAGAUUGGAUUCGCCGAGCAAGCUGACGAUUACGAUCGAGUUGAAGAAACUCCAAGUGGUUUCCGUUUCAAAAUGGAAGAAAAACCAGGAACUAAGAUCGUGACAUUGACUAGAGACUACCAAGGAGAGAGUGUUGUAGUUGAAGUGCACAUGACUAAUCUUGUGACAGGUGAUAAAGGAGAUGACGAGGAAGAGAGUGAUGAAGAAGAGGAAGAAGAACAUGAGGAUAAGCCAGAGAAGCCUAAGCAAUCUAAUGUGCCUCUUUUAGUAACACUCUCCAAGAAGACAGGACCAAGUUUGGAGUUCAGAUGUACUGCUUUUCCUGACAAGAUUGUGAUCAAGGACAUGUGGUUUACGUUUCCUGAUGAUCCUUCCAAAGAUGAGCUUGCAUAUGAAGGCCCUUCCUUCCGGGUUUGGGAUGAAAAGCUGAGAACGGCUUUCCAUAGGUACAACGAGAUUAGAGGGAUAGCGCCGAGCAUGAUUAACUUCUUGCACGAGUAUAUGAUCAACAAAGAUAGUAAAGAGCACUUAUUGUGGUUGAAAACGCUCAAGAACUUCGUCAAGUGUUGAGGAAAACCAGAACACUUUUUUUUUUUCAGUUUUCAGAUGCUCUGUUUUUCCAAUUUUGUACUUUCUGUUUGGAUCUAUUUUAUAUAAUAAAAUGAGUUUGAAAUCAAA